CUCCGGGGCGCGGGCGGGUGACACUCCCGCCACCCUCCAGGCCGGGCCACCAGCGCUGACCACGCCGGGGGGCCCACCAGGCCACCGGACCUUCUCCAGCCGUGGGGGAAGCAGGAGGAGCCCACCGGGAUCGUCCGGACGCGGCGGUGGGACGGGGACCGACAUUUGUCACUUGUCACCGGUGGUGGCCCCACGGGGCCCCAGCGCCUCCGGUUCCUCCCUUUCCUGGGGGGAAGGGACCUCCUGCGCCGUGGGAGGUGCCCCAGAAGCGUUUGGGGGUGCUGAGGUUUGUCCAGGGGUCAGCCAGGGGUCGUCCAGUGGUCAUCCAGGGGUCAUCCAGUGGUCAUCCAGCAGCUCCUCACUGGAUGUGGUCCUGCCAAGGCCACACACGGCGGGGCCUCACCUGGUGCUGCUCUGGACAGGAGCGGUGACACGGAUCCCAUCUCCACCGGGAUCUCAUCUCCACCGGGAUCCCAUCUCAACUGGGAUCUCAUCUUCACCAGGAUCUCACCUCCAUUGGGAUCUCAUCUCCAUUGGGAUCUCAUCUCCAUUGGGAGCUCAUCUCUACCAGGAUCUCAUCUCCACUGGGAUCUCAUCUCCAUUAGGAUCUCAUCUCCACCAGGAUCUCAUCUCCAUCAAGAUCUCACAUCCAUCAGGAUCUCAUCUCCAUUAGGAUCUCAUCUCCACCAGGAUCUCAUCUCCAUCAAGAUCUCACAUCCAUCAGGAUCUCAUCUCCACCAGGAUCCCAUCUCAACUGGGAUCUUAUCUUCACCAGGCUCUCACCUCCACUGGGAUCUCACCUCCAUCAGGAUCUCACAUCCAUUGGGAGCUCAUCUCUACCGGGAUCUCAUCUCCACUGGGAUCUCACCUCCAUCAGGAUCUCAUCUCCACAGGGAUCCCAUCUCCAUCAGGAUCUCACAUCCAUCAGGAUCUCAUCUCCACCGGGAUCUCACCUCUCCUGGGAUCUCACCUCUCCUGGGAUCUCACCUCCAUUGGGAUCUCAUCUCCACCGGGAUCCCAUCUCCAUCAUCUCCUGGCCAGAAGUUGAUGAUUGGACCCUCUUCCAUCGGCUCCUCCCCAGAAAUUCAUCCUGCCAGGACCCACCUCCACUGAAGUUCACCCCACCAGGACCCACCAGGACCCACCACCCACCUUCAUCCCGCCAUGACCAAUCUCCACCAGCUCCUCCAUUGAAGUAGAUCCCACCACGACCCAACUCCAUUGAAGUUCACCCUGCCAGGACCCAACUCCUCCAGUUGCUCCAUUUAAAUUCAUCCCACCAGGACCCACCUCCAUUGGCUCCUUCCCAGAAAUUCAUCCUGCCAGGACCCACCUCCACCAGAAAUUCAUCCUGCCAGGACCCACCUCCACCAGAAAUUCAUCCUGCCAGGACCCACCUCCCCAGAAAUUCAUCCACCAGGACCCAAAUCCCCAGAAGUUCAUCCACCAGGACCCACGUCCACUGAAGUCCACCCCACCAGGACCCACCUCCACUGAAGUUCAUCCCACCAGGAUCAAACUCCACAGAAGUUCACCCCACCAGGACCCACCUCCACAGAAAUUCAUCCCACCAGGACCCAGCUCCCCAGAAGUUCAUCCCACCAGGACCAAACUCCACAGAAAUUCAUCCUGCCAGGACCCAGAUCCAUUGACAUCCACCCUACCAGGACCAAACUCCACAGAAAUUCACCCCACUAGGACCCACCUCCGCUGAAGUCCAUCCCACCAGGAGCCACCUUCCCAGAAAUUCACCCCACCAGGACCCAAAUCCCCAGAAAUUCACCCCACCAGGACCCACCUCCGCUGAAGUCCACCCCACCAGGACCCACCUCCCCAGAAGUUCAUCCCACCAGGACCCAAAUCCCCAGAAAUUCACCCCACCAGGACCCAAAUCCCCAGAAAUUCACCCCACCAGGACCCACCUCCGCUGAAGUCCACCCCACCAGGACCCACCUCCCCAGAAAUUCACCCCACCAGGACCCAAAUCCCCAGAAAUUCACGCCACCAGGACCCACCUCCACUGAAGUCCACCCCACCAGGACCCACCUCCCCAGAAGUUCAUCCCACCAGGACCCACCUCCCCAGAACUUCACUCCACCAGGACCCAAAUCCCCAGAAAUUCACCCCACCAGGACCCACCUCCACUGAAGUCCACCCCCCCAGGAGCCACCUCCACCCUCUCAUCCCCGCGUCCCCAUGGAGGUGUGGCGGCAGUGUGCCCACUGGCUGGUGGCCGCGCGCGUGCUGCCGGCGGGACACCGGGCCAGCAGCCCCGGGGGACAGGUGUGGGACCUGGCGCAGGCGCUGCGCGACGGCGUCCUGCUGUGCCACCUGCUCAACGCCCUCCUGCCCCGCGCCGUGCCGCCCCGGGACAUCUGUCCCCGGCCACAGAUGUCACAGUUCCUGUGCCUGAGGAACAUCCGCACCUUCCUGACCGCCUGCGCUGACAAAUUCGGGCUCCCCAAGCACCGGCUCUUCGGCGCCUUCGACCUCUUCGAUGUCCAGGACUUCGGCAAGGUGAUCGAGACGCUCUCAACGCUCUCCUGGACCCCCAUCGCGCAGAGCAAAGGAUUCACGCCAUUCCCGUCCGAGGACAGCGUUGGGGACGAUGACAUUUACAGCGGCCUCUCCGACCUCAUCGAUGACACGGCCGAGGAGGACGAUGACCUCUACGACUGCGUGGAGGCCGAAGGCGACGACGGCGACGACGUCUACGAGGACCUGAUGAGGGUCGAGCCCCCCCCGGCCACGAAGGGGGGGGUGGACCGGCGGCUCUGCUGCCUCCAGGAGCUGCGGCAGACGGAGGAGAGGUACACGGAGACCCUGGAGUCCAUCUGCCAGCACUUCCUGCGGCCACUGCGGCACUUCCUGAGCGCCCGCGACAUGGAGAGCGUCUUCAUCAACGUGGAGGAGCUGCUGGAGCUGCAUCGCCGCUUCCUGGGGGAGCUGCGGGGGGCGCUGGGGGGGGCCGGGGGGGGGCGCGCGCUGCCCCCCCUGUUCCUGCAGUACAAGGAGAGGUUCCUCCUCUACGGCCGCUACUGCAGCCAGGUGGAAGCGGCCGCGCGGCGCCUGGACCAGCUGUCCUCCUGCACUGACCUGCGCAUGAAGCUCCAGGAGUGCUCCCAGCGCGCCAACAACGGGCGCUUCUCGCUGCGGGACCUGCUGAUGGUGCCCAUGCAGAGGGUGCUGAAAUACCACCUGCUGCUGCAGGAGCUGGUGAAGCUGACGCCGGACGCGGCCGAGCGGGAGCGGCUGCGGGGGGCGCUGGACGCCAUGAGGGACCUGGCCCAGUGCGUGAACGAGGUCAAGAGGGACAACGAGACCCUAAAGCAGCUCACGAGCAUCCAGCUGUGCCUGCACAACAUGCCGCAGUCCCUGGCGCAGUUCGGGCGCCCCAAGAUCGACGGGGAGCUGAAGGUCUCCAGCGCCGAGAGACGCUCCAAGGUGGACAGGUACGGCUUCCUGCUGGACAAGGCCCUGAUCAUCUGCAAGCGCCGCGGGGACUCCUACGAGACCAAGGACGUGGUGGACCUCCAGUGCCACCAACUGCACGAUGGUGACCUCGGAGCCCGCGAUGGCAAGAAGUGGUCCCACACCUUCAUGCUGCUGGACACGGCCGGGCUGCCGGACUACGAGCUCUUCUUCAAGACGCACGAGCUGAAGAAGAAGUGGCUGGAGCAGUUCGAGAUGGCCCUGUCCAACAUCUUCCCCGAGCACGCCCUGGCUGACGGACACGACUUCCAGAUGUUCUCCUUCGAGGACACCACGUCCUGCAAGGCCUGCCAGAUGUUGCUGAGGGGCACCUUCUACCAGGGCUAUCGCUGCAGCCGCUGCCGAGCACCCGCCCACAAGGAGUGCCUGGGGCGCGUGGGGACCUGCGGGAAAGCCGGAACUGAUCCCGGAUCGGGCGCACGGAAGAACAAAUCGCAGCGGCCGGGACCCGACAAGAAACGGGGGGAGCUGGGACUCCCCAAAAUGGAGUGCACCCAGACCUACAUUGGGGUGCCGCCCCCCCCGGGGGUCCUGUCCCCCCCCCUGCGCCUCAGCCCCGGUGACGUCAUCGAGGUGACAGCGGCCGAGGCCGAGGAGCUCUGGUGGCAGGGUCGGAACGUGGUCAGCGGGGAGCUGGGUUGGUUCCCCAGCAGCGCCGUCAAACCUUUCGUGGCCGCGCCGCUGCCAGAUCUCUCUGUGUACCCAUGGUUCGGGGGGCCCCUGGAGCGCGCCGAGGCCGAGCAGGCGCUGUCCCCCCGCUCCGACGGCGCCUUCCUGGUGCGGCAGCGGCUGCGCGAGCCCGGGGACUUCGCCAUCAGCGUCAAGUUCCGCGGGCAGGUGAAGCACAUCAAGGUGACGGCGAGCGAGGGGCUCUACAGAGUGACCGAGAGGAAAGCGUUCCGGGGGGUCGUGGAGCUGGUGGAGUUCUACCGGCGGAACUCGCUGCGGGAUUGCUUCAAGGCGCUGGACACGACGCUGGCUGUGCCCUACAGGGACCCCGAGAGCCGCGCGGGACCCCGCGAGCCCCGUGCCACGCGCAGUUUCGGCUCGGCCAAGGCGCGUUACGCCUUCAGCGCGCGGGACAGGACGGAGCUGUCACUGCGGGAAGGGGACAUCGUGCGUGUCCUCAGCAAGAGGGGACAGCCCGGCUGGUGGAAGGGCGAGAUCUACGGCCGGGUCGGGUGGUUUCCCGCCAAUUACGUCGAUGAGGAUUUUUCCGAUUAUUGCUGAUUUUGGGGCCACCCCGAUGUCCCCACGGUGUCCCCAAGGUGUCCCCAAGGUGUCCCCAAAUAAUCCCGACCAUUCCCGGUUCAAUAAAAGCGGGCCGGGCUCCAGGAUUUGGACGGAUUUGGACGGGAAUUGAUCCAAAAAAAUUUCCAGGAAAAGGCCGGG